AUGAUCAGCUACAACAACAUCAUUGAGAAGGGGGAACCGGAGAACAAGGAAAUCAUCGACCAUGUUCUCGACAACAUGACGGAGGUUUCUCAACCAACGCUGGUGCCCAUGGGCGAUGGCUCAACGGACUGCAUUGUCUUGGAGAACCUACUCACGCAUGAAGAGUGCGACCUGCUGGUCGCGGCGUGCGAGAAAGUGGGCUACUCCUUCUGGCAUCAAAAGAGCCACAACGAUGUGGACGGAGAGGUGAACUGCGAUGCCGCCUCCAAGGCGGUGCGCGUGGUGGACACGAUCGAGGCGAACUUCCCGCACCUAUCCGCUAAACUGUACGAGCGGAUCUCGCGUGUCGUCAACUUGGAGCCAAAGACCUUUUCCGAAGACAUGCCAAACGCGGACGAGCUGUACGAACGCGACAUUGAGGGGACCUGGGUGCCGCACGCGCUCGCGGAGAACCUCCUCCUUGGGCGCUACCACCCAGGCGGCCACUUCAUGCCCCACGUCGACGGCUCCACCAUUGUCGACCUCAACACGCGGUCCUUCUACACCCUCCUUAUUUACCUCAACGACGUCCCACACGGUGGCGAGACCUUCGUUUUUGCGGGAGAGCAAUGCAAGGUGAUGUAUCUGGACGAGAAGGACCACAAAUACCGCGGCAGCGCUACCCAGCGGGUGGGGGCGGUGCACCCGAAGAAGGGCUCUGCUGCGUUCUUUUACUACAGCCUGCUGCACGAGGCGGCACCAGUGGAGGAAGGGCAGAAGUAUAUCUGCCGAGCCGAUCUGCUUUACCGUCGCACCCCGGCUAUUUACACGUCGGAGCAAGACAUCAAAGCCUUCAACCUCUAUCAGGAAGCCCGGCUUGCUGAAAGCAGCGGCGAUGCGCAACGCGCCUGUGAGCUCUUCCAGCGCGUCGGCAAGCUCUCCAAGGGUGUGGCCGCCAUCUACCAGGUCGACUAA